AUGUGUUGGGGAAAUUGCGAGUAGAUGGGGGUGUGGAUGAUGUUAGGGCACACCAUAACCAGCUCCGUAAGUGGAGGGAAGUACCCCAGAAUGUUCAGGAGAAUGCGAUGAGUGAGUGGUUGAGGGUGAAUAAAUGUGAGCCGAGUGUCAGUGAGCAAAUGGGUCUGGAAGAUCGGCAGUUAGUGUUGGUUGAGUAUGGAAGAAAGCGGAAGGAGGUAAGGAAAGGGAAUGAAAGGGAGAAACGUGAACUGCAUGUUAGAGGGGUUAGUGUUAGAGUAAAAAUGGUGGAUAAGGCGUGUAAUACAGAUGACUUUGAGGGGAAGAAUGAUACAUAUAGCGUGUGUGGGUUUGAAUUGUCAGGAUUUAGUGAAGUUUCACCGGGAAGGGAAUCAAGUGGUAAGGGUAUAGUUGGCAGUAUGAAUGAGUCUCUUCGGGAGUUUGGCAGGAGUGUAAAUGAGGUAAGUGAUUUGGUAGCAGAGUUACGAGAAAUAUUCGGACAAGAGUUGAAAGGGGUAGAUGAGAUAGUGAAUGGGAUUUGGGAGGAUGGUAGUGAGGGAGAUGGUAAUGGGAGUCUGACUGGAAGUGGUCUGGGAGAAGUUGAUGGGGGUGUAACUGAGAGUGUGUAUGAGGGCCCUCAAACAAGAUCCAGGGACCCGCGUCCGAGCAUCCGUGGGUGUUUCGGAAGGCUAUUUAGUGUGGGUGUUGUGAGUGAAAGAAGACGUUGUCAAAUGUAACGGGAGAGGAAAUAUGGAGGAGUUAUGGAGUUCCAUUGGACAAUGUCUAUGUGUGUGUGUGAGAGAGAGAGAGAGAGAGAGAGAGAAAGAGAGAGUAAUUGGUAGUUGGAUGGUUAACAAUUGGAUUGGCUGUUGGAGAGUUCUGGGUUGUCUGUUGGUGCUGUUGAUUGUUAGAGUUCUGUAUUUUGAGAUUUUUUAUUUUUUGAUGAGUUUUCAGUCAGUCUUUGGCGAGAGCUGGUGACAGUUAGUAGUGUCAGGAGCAGUUAUUUGAAGGCACUGGAAAUCAGUUGAGUUUUGUGUGUUAUUGAUUUGCUUUAUUGAUUUGUUGUUAGUUUGGUGUUGUUUGCUUGGUGUUAGUUUGGUGUUGUGCUUUUGAGUUCCUGAGGGUUGCAUGUGAUUGUUGUGGUUGAGGGUGGUUGUUGUUGUUGGGGGCUGUUGUGGAUUCUUGGUGUUGUUAGUGGGUGUGUGUUGCCUUUUUUUGUGUGUUGUUUUUUGUGUUGGUGGUUGGUUGUGCACUGGUCUUUUUUGUGUUUUAUUGUGUUGUGAGUUUUUUUUUGUUAUGUGUGAGGUUGUGGUUGUGUUCCUUGGUUGUUUGGUGUGUUGUUAGGUUGUGUUCCUUGGUUGUUGUUGUGGUCCUUGGUUGUUGUUGUGUUCUUGAGUUGUAGUCCUUGGGUGUUGUUUUGUUGUUGGUUUUGUCUUGUGGUUGUUAGUGUUCCAGGGACCUCGACCGGCAGACAGCACAGGAUAGCCUGGAGUAUCUGGAGUGGUUGAGAAUAACUUCAAAAUUAAUGAGGAACUCGUUCUAGAUCGAGAGUAGAGAGCAUACGUAUUCAAGAAGAGCUCGUGUGACUAGACCCAGCGGGAAAGUCCAGAUACUGAAACAGGACGUGGGAAAGUGACAAUAAGGAAAAUCGUCCUUAAAAGGAAGAGAGCAAUGAUAUAAAAAAGAUGAACAUGAAAAUUAACAGAAUGACCAUAUAGGCUCAAGACAAGAAUGACGGAAUGUGCUUUUGGGAACAAAAGGAGCCAAUAUGCGGUCAAAGGAAGCAGUUUAAGAGGAAAGAGACAGACGAUGAGUCGAGGAAAGAGCGACCUGAGCGACGACGGCGUUCUGAGAGAAGAAGAAGAAACUUCCGCGGCGGAGGCUAUGGAAGACCAAGGCCCACAAGGAGGAAGCACGGACGAGGCAGUAGAGAAAAAGAUCUGUGGCGUCUGUGGAGACACAGCAAAGAGCUACCACUUCGGAGGUCUGUGCUGCUCUUCCUGCAAGGCCUUCUUCCGCAGAAGCAUCCAAAGUGAGGCGUGGCAGAACUUCUUUUGCCUCAAAGACGGAGUCUGUGUGAUGCGCGAAAACAGAAGAGCUUGUCAAGCAUGCAGGUUUGACCUGUGCAAGAAGAUUGGCAUGGAUACUUCUCUAGUAAUGAAUGCAGAAGACAGAAAAGCCCUCAUGCUUCGUAAAUUAGAAAAAAGGAAGAAGAAAUUACUAAGAAUUCGAAGGAUCAGGAACAAACAACAGAAAAAUAAUGAAGAAAACGAGAAGAUCUGUCAGCACGAGAACAGCACGGACUGGGAUGUCAAAGUGACAGAUGCUGAAGGUGGGACAGGGAAGGGCAGUCAUCCAGAGGAGACAAAUGAUGAGUGUCUCGUCGUUGAAACCCUUGAUCAAAAGAGCAUGGAAAAGAUAAAAGGUCUAAGGAAAAUGCUGCGGAAGGCAUUAACAUUUCCAGAAUUCCCAAAACAUUAUUACGAGGGAGGAACAGAUAUAACAGAGCAUCUAUUUUUCGUCUUUUGCAAAGGCAUGGGGAAAUUUUUCAGCAUCUUGCCAGAAUUCAGCGAAUUAGAUGACAAGGACCAGAAUGUUUUGCUUAAAGAUGCCGUGGCCAAGUCGAUUUUCAUAUUUGGUGCUCACCAGUUCCAACGAGAUCAUGAGUGCUGGCCUCGUAGGCUCCUCUCCCCUUGCUGUACAUUCCCAACAAUAUCCUUGGCUGCUACGGAACAAUUCAUUUAUGACGAGGAUACAUUUCAAAGGAUGAAAAUCUUCAUGAGAAAAUUCUGUAGGUUUUUCGAUGAUGAAGUGGUCACUUUACUCAGUCUCAUGAUAGCAGCCUUUGAUACAGACAUUUCACUACUUGUUGGACCGUCAAAAGUUGCAGAGUACAAGGAAGUCUAUACUCAGUUACUGGAAAAUUACCUGCAUUACCAAAGUCCAUCUGAUGCACUGACAUUGUUCACAAACGAACUCCGGAACUGUUUUGCUGAAGUGAAGGCAUUAAAAAAAUCCUUCCAGAGAAACAGAACCGAGAAAGAGGAAGCCAAACCCCUGGACGGAAAUAAGGAAACUUCCUUUGCCAGCUCACUUCAUGAUUUAAAAGAGGAUCCGAAAAUGGCGCCCAAGAAAGCAUUCUUCGAGAGAAAUAAAGUGACCAGUGGUUACCAUAGCCAUGGCACAUUUGCUAUUAAAGAUGAACAUAAUUGGAAACACAAGAGCAAAACUUUAUCUCUGAAAGCAAAAGAGUACGGCAAUAAAAGUAACUUGAGAGGCAAUGAAGAAAUUGAGGUUUUCGAACUCCCACCCAAUCCCUGCAUCACUGUGACACAAGACCAUAAUUAUCAAAAACUUAAUGCCAGACGUCCACGAGCCACACUGCAUGACGAAGAUAGAUUUUAUCUACCUGAUCAGGCUUUGCAAAGUUCCCCCUCAAACUUAAAGCUACACAAAAAGCUGGAAGGAAUCGGAUCGAACAGAAGCAACAGUGCAUCGCAUGACACUGAUUACCAAGCUCCCUCGAGACAAAGUUUGUCACCGGCAUUAAUCAUUCCUCUUUCAAGAAGGAGAAACGAUUCUUUAUCAGGUAGAAAAGGUUUGCAAAUGCACCAGAAUGAAAUACAAGUUGAUUAUCCGAUUUAUUGCAGCGGACAGGAUGGUUUCCAAGCUGCACACCAACAAAGUUUCCAUGAUGCAGGCAUAUAUAGGCCAAUACCCUUACAAACGUCUUUAUUAUCUGCCAACAGUUCAGUACUCAUACGCGAUCAAAGACAUCAACAGUACAUUCCUUCGGCAGAUAUAUCAUUUUCCCCAGAAGGAACGUUCCCAACUCUUCCUCUGAAAGCUGUACCAGUUCAUCUACCCUCAAGUAAUUGUGUUGACAUGUGUGGACAACCAAAAACACAUUGUCACCCUCACGCCAGACAAGUGAACUUGGCUUCAGAGUUACGUUCCCAAGCAACAGAACAAGAUUUCCUGCAGUUUCUCCGCCACUCUCCUAAAGCCUUGUCUAGCGGGUUACUCCAGAGUGCACAGUCUAAUCCUCAACUAUCGAGCAAGUCACCGAUGAUCAACGUGUGUCAAAAUGUGAGACAAUUGUCUACUCAAGAUGAUCAGCAGUUAGUCGAGGCAGUGCAAUAUGUACUGCCACCUCACCUGAUGAAACACCUGAUCACCAGACUAGGGGCUGGACAACGGAACCACCUGUGAAGUCAUUUUUUCUUCACUCGUUGGGUGAGCAACCGUUUCUCGUUUCAACUGAAAAAUAAACCGUAAACAAUACGAAAGCAAUAAAUCACAUUUUGGAGUACUGCUUUUGGCAGUGAUAAGUGUCCUGUUCGUGGAAAACAAAAUCCUUUAUGUCUACGUUUAAUCAGAUUUAUAAACAAUAUU